AUGGAAAACAUUUUAUUUCAAUUUUGUGACUUAUUAAAGAUUCACAAGUUUUACAACAAUUUCCAACAUUUGAAAAUUUUAGAUUUGCAAUUCAAUUCAAUCACCAAAAUAGAAAAUCUAAUCGGGUGUCCGCUUUUGACUAUUUUGGAUUUAAGUUGCAAUUCAAUUUCAAAAAUUGAAACUUUGGGCAGUCUAAAGAAUUUGAAACUUUUAGUGUUAAUUGAUAAUAAAAUUUCAAAGAUUGAAAACUUGGAUAAUUUACCCAACUUAAAAUAUUUAGCUUUGAGUACAAAUGAAAUCACCCAAAUUGAGAAUCUAAAUAAUUUAAAUAACUUGGAAAUUUUAGAUUUCUCCAAUUCUGGAAACCCAUUUGUGGAUAUUAAUCAUUCACAUUCUUUCAUUUAUUUGCACUUAUCUUCGUUUGGAUCCUUUAAUUUUAAAAUGUUGAAUCAUUUAAACAAUUUAGAUAUGUCGAAAUUAGAAUACACUGAAAUCUGUGAAACUGGUUCAAAUCAAAUCAACCUUGAUAAUUUUUCUAAUUUAAAAAUAUUGAAGUUCUCUUUAAAUAAAUUGGAUGACCUUGAAAAUAUACUGAAAUUCAACAAUAUAUUGCAUUUAGAUGUUUUCUAUAAUGAUAUGGUCACAUUGGGAACAAAUUUUUUUUUCCUAAACUAG